AUGCGAGACCUGGCCUUGAUCCAGUCCUGCGAGAGCUUGAGCGAGGCCAGGAAGAUCUACGCGCGCGUGGAUCGAAUUCCUUACCGCGAUCGCGUGUUUCUCUACAACAAGCUCAUCGAGAUGUUUGGGCGAUGCGGGGACGCAGCUCAAGCGCGCAAAGUUUUCGAUGGAAUUGCCGCCAAGAACACCUUCUCGUGGGAUCUUAUGCUAUUUGCCUACACUAGAAAUGGCCAGAUCCGCGACGCGCAAUACCUCUUCUCCGCGAUGCCGAGCCCCAAUGUGGUCUCGUGGACGAUGAUGUUAUGCGCGCUUGCCGAGGCUGGCGAAUUCCACGCAUCAAUGGGAUUGUUCCAAUCGAUGCCACUCCACAAUCUUGUGUCAGUAACAGCAAUGUUCGUGCUCCUCGCCAGAGAAGGUCGAAUCGAGCAGGCAAAGAAGGCGUUUGACAAUAUGCCCGAGAGAAACCUUGUAACGUGGAAUGCUAUGGUAACUGCAUUUGCCCGCAACGGGCAUUUUGCUGAUGCGAAAGAGAUGCUAAAGCAAAUGCCGCAGAGGAAUGUCGUAAGUUGGAAUUCGAUAUUAAACUCACUUGUGGAAAGAGGUGGAGUGGAAGAAGCUACGUGUGUUUUUAACGACAUGCCCGAGUGGGACGUGGUGUCUUGGACUGCGAUGCUUGCAGCAAAUGCCCAGACCGGGAAUCUGUCGAAAGUAAAGCAACUCUUUGAUGAAAUGCCCGUACACAACUUGUAUACGUGGACGGCCUUGCUAGCAGCAUGCGCGCAGAGCUGCUCAUUGGAAGAUGCGAAGCGCGUGUUUGAAAAUAUGCCAGAGAGAAAUCUCGCCUCAUGGAACGCUCUUCUGUCAGCAUUUGCCACGAGUGGGCAAGACAUCGAGCUGGUUAAGCAGGUGUUUGACGAGAUGCCCAUGGCGAACGUAAUCUCGUGGACGGUCAUGAUUGUCUCAUACGGUCUGAGGGGCCACGUGGAGGAAUCUAAACGGACGUUUGACACUAUGCCGGAGUGGAACCUUGUGUCUUGGACAAAGCUUCUUUCUGCAUUUGCCGAGAACGGGCGUUUUGAAGAGUGUUUAAGAAUCUCUUACGACAUGCCUAGUCAGGACGUGUCCUCGUGGACUGCACUUCUGUCGGCGUACGCUCAAAACGGGCGGAUACAGAACGCGAGAAGUAUAUUUGAGAAGAUGCCACAGAGGAAUCUCACGACAUGGAAUGUCAUGCUGGCGGCCUAUGCCCGGAGCGCGAAUCUUGACAUCAAAGAAACCGCAUUCUUCACAAUGAGCACUCUAAACACUCUGGAGCGUCCCGAGGCUGUGACGUUCCUCCCGGUGCUGAUGAUCUGCAGCCACCAGGGCAAGGUCUACCAGGCCAGGAGCUACUUCCACUCGAUGAUCCAAGACUUUGGCCUGAGUCCCAGCAGGAGCCACUACUGCUGCGUGAUUGAUCUCCUCGCCAAGGCUGGGCAUCUCGACAACGCGAGAGAUUUGCUCGCAAGCAUGCCGUUUGUGCCAGACUCGCUGGAGUGGGCGUGCUUUCUGUCAGCGCCUAGGCCGAAGGGAAAUCUAAAGCUCGGCGUGGACGCCAUUAGCGCGACACCGCGCUCGGCGAACUACGUGCUCCUCGCCAACGCAAUAUGCCCGUGA